CCUGUCUAUUUAUAACAGACAUAUACCACCUUCGAUAAGAGCUAAUUUCCCAAAACUCGGUAACAGAGUUGCUUCUAGAAUCUCUAGGACUAGUCUAUCACCCCUAUUCGUACACCUAGGUACUCCUAUCUCCUAUCAAAAAGAGUACUCCACCUUACAACACCAUCGCCAACAACCGACCGUACCACGUAAGCUGUCAGACUCUCCACUCACCUCCAGCCUCUCACUGGUACACCGCAUCUGCAGUGGCAACAUGAAAGAACAUCCUCAUUUUGACUUCGCCGUCUUUCAGGAGUUGUAUCGCCUUAUAUUGGUGGCUUGUUGAUCAGGCGCCGAUGCUGGGGAUUUCUAUCCUCCUGCCUUUCGGAAAAUCAUCUCGGUCUCCACCUUCGUCACAACGGAAUCACCAUAGGCCGGCCUAGUAAAGGGUCCUCGAGCCGUUUUUGAUAGUCUCCCAAUUAGGCCCCUGUCGCGCGUAUCCGGCAGUAUCGCCCGUAUCGAGAUUGAUCAAUCCGAUCCCACAGGGCGUGAGCAGGUGGGUUGAAGUCGCGCCUCCCCCCAUUUACGUCGUAUUAACCGACCAUCACCAUCAACAUCAUUCCACUCUUCUAUUUUCCCAAUACAAGAUACUGUUCCAGUAAAGAAAUACAAGCUGGAGAUGGACAUUGAUCGGUUGUUUGCCGUUAGGCCGCUUGAAGUUUUGGGCUUGCUAUCUUUUCUCGUGGAAUACGAAGUCUUCUUGCAUGGCCUGCCAUGCACAACCUGCUUCUGUGCAGCGAACCCCAGCCCCAGUAAUCAGCCCUAGUCGUUCUGCAAUGCAACAUCCUGGACCUCCAAUUACUUUUUCCUGUGAAGACCUUCGCAUAUGGAGCAAAUCACCUACAAGUAUAUCAGUACCCCCCCCCCUCAAUUGCUAUGUUUCUCAAGCAAACUCGUUGCUGCAACAGUCAUUCGUUCGAGAUAUAUCGAGUAUCGUUCGAGAUAUAUCGAGGAUCGGCAGAUCUGACAUCUAAUAUUCUAUUCUAUUCCUUUCUUUUUUCUUUUUUAUAGAGCCUUGCAUAUGUAAGGGAAGUCACGCUUUUAAAAAUGAGGUCUUCCAUUGGGGCAAGUUUUGUACUGACGACAGUUCGUAUCCCAUUCUCGCCCUGAUUUUCAUCCAUUGACUUGCUUAGUUUACUUUGGUUCACGCCGCCAGCCUGGGGAAACGACUUGUCCUCCCAACAGGUUGGACUUCUCAGGGGUGCUACACGUACGUACCUGAGUUAAAUACGAGGCUGUCAGAUUGACGUAUCUAGUGAUAACGGUGAUCGAACACUUGCUGGAGCCAAUAGUGCAGCAGCGACUAUGACUGUAGAGUCAUGUAUUGCUUUUUGCAUAGGAAGAAACUUUGCAUAUGCGGGGGUGGAAUGUAAGCAUGUUUUACAAUUUUACCCAUCCCUGAGCCUCCCGAUCCGGAAACUCGAAAUCCUCCUCUCCAUAACCUUUAUCACAACAAUUUAGCUGACUUUACUCAGAUGGAAGUGAAUGUUGUGAGUACACAUAGCACUUGGAUCAUACUGGUCCAAUUUUUAAUGAGUUUGACUAGAUUGUGGAAAUACAAUCGCCGCUUCGGCUACUCAGACCACCGCAGGUGAUUGUAAUAUGCCCUGUGCUGGUAAUAGCACUGAAACCUGUGGAGGAGGCAAUAGAGUGAACGUUUAUUGGAGUGGGAAAGUUGUUGCUGCUCCCGGGAACAAGCCUGCGGUGGGCGGUUAUAAUUUUUCAAGUUGCCGAACAGAGCCAACUGUAGGGAGAGCAUUGGGUGGUGCCACAACCGCUUCAGACUCAAUGACGAUAGAGGCUUGCGCGACUUUCUGUAGAGGUUACACGUACUUUGGUGUAGAGUAUGGACGCGAGUGCACGUUUUUCCCCAAAAUCAAAUAUGCAGGUGCAAAGCUGACUGUAUGCAGGCUAUUGUGGAAACAGUAUAGGGACGGGAUCGGUGGUCGCUGCUGCUAGUGACUGCUCGACUUUAUGUCCUGGCGACUCAAGUGAGUUCUGUGGUGCCGGUGGACGACUUACUGUGUAUACAUUGUCUGGCACUCCCCCGCCGAGUACCAGCGUGGAUCCAACACCAACAUCUACAGCCCCUGUUGCAACAGGAUUUCCAACGGGUUGGACCUCCCAAGGUUGUUGGGCCGAACCAGCCAAUGGCCGGAUGCUCACCCAUCAGCAACCUGAUAGUACGGCAAAUACCCUGCAGAAGUGCGUGCAAACAUGUGCUGCAUUGGGAUACAAGAUAGCCGGAGUCGAAUAUGGCGUGCAGGUAAGGAGGAAUAUGCGGGUGUUGCCAUGCUGUCAUAGCUAACCUCAGACAGUGUUUCUGCGACAACUUUGUAUAUAAUGGUGGCGCCCUCGCUGCGAAUCAGGCCGACUGCAACGUUCCAUGCCCUGGCCUUCCUUCAACUAAUUGUGGUGCUGGAAAUAGAAUUUCCAUGAUGUCUGUUGGAACUCCUCAAGUCUUCCAAGCUCCGGGUCCUCAGAUCUCGGGUUUACCCACUGGCUGGACUUAUUCUGGCUGUGUGGGUGAUAAUGUGGUUUCUGCAGAGGCUGCAAAUAUUAACAUUCAGACCUUCCCCUACAAAGUUUGGGAUAAGCAGACCAAUACACCAGAAGAAUGUAUCAGGCAGUGUGGCAUGUUUGGAUUUAAUGCUGCCGGUCUGGUAAGUUUAAGCCGUGAUAUCCUCAUUCAAAGUGUCUAUUAACAUGUCGACAGGAAUACGGAUCACAAUGCUGUAAGUAAUUUUGCUCACUUUGACAAGCUCUCCACUCAUUUGUUCUAGUUUGCGGUGAUGUUGACAAUCUUCUGAUUGCAUCCAUGCCAUCCACUUCCACCGUACCUACCGAUCCAGACCACUAUACAUAUGCCACCCCACCAUCUACAUACCCGGAUUCUGAAUGUAAUGCUCCUUGCUCUGGUGCUCCUCAAUACAAUUGCGGCUCUGGAAACAGACUCACUUACUACUCAUGGAAUGCAACUGAUCCACUUUACAAAUGGGACUUUCCAACUGGAGCUUCAGCAGGCCAAUACUCACUACUAAUUGGAGGAAAGAUCGUUCCUCUCAUCACUUCGCAAACGAUUCUCGGUAAGGUAACUUUUCUUGAAAAAUCAGGGACUGGCGCACCAAACGGCACAGGAGCUUAUGAGCUGGAUUUGACUCAAAUCGAUAACUUUGAGUCUGCUUGGAGAACAAUGACCAAACCUCCCACGGAUAUCUUCUGCUCAGGUGGUGUUACCAUGCCUGAUAAGGCGGGAAGACAACUCAACGUUGGAGGAUGGGCUGGCGAGUCCCUAUUUGGUGUGAGAAUUUACUGGCCGGAUGGGUCUCCUGGUGUCAAAGGUGUCAAUCAAUGGGUUGAAGAUGGAGCGCAUCUCAAACUUCAGGUGGCACGAUGGUAUCCUUCUGCGUUGGUUAUGGCAAAUGGUUCUAUUCUUGUGGUUGGAGGUGAGAUUGGUCAAAAUGCUGCAGAACAACCGACUCUUGAGAUCCUUCCUCCAACUGGUGUUCCGGAUGCCAGUACGCAAAGUGGAUAUUCGAACACAACCAAAUACUUGGAUUUCUUGGACCGAACAGCUCCAUUCAACUUGUAUCCAUGGAUCACCGUCGUGCCUUCUGGUAUUCUGAUUGUUUACUACAACGAAGCUCGUAUCUUGGACGAAGUCAACUUUAAUACCAUCAAGACUUUGCCAAAUAUUCCCGGUGCUGUCAACGAUCCCAAAGGUGGACGCACAUAUCAACUUCAAGGUGCCACUGUCAGCUUGCCCCAAUAUGCCCCUUUUACAGAUCCUCUUGGAAUUCUCAUCUGUGGUGGUUCUACUGAGGGAGCAGGAAAUCCAAUCGACAAUUGCGUUUCCACACAGCCAGAAGCUCCAAAUCCAACGUGGCUAAUCGAAAGAAUGGUGAGUAAACACAACUCCCUCCUCAAACCCUCACUAACAAUAUCCAGCCCUCUCGUCGCGUCAUGCCCUGCAUGGCCGGUCUCCCAGACGGAACAUAUGUCAUCCUAGGAGGCGGCCAACAUGGAGUCGCAGGCUUCGGUCUAGCAGGAGCACCAAACUACAACGCCGUCCUUUACGAUCCCGAGAAACCCGCCAACCAAAGAAUGAGCGUCAUGGCAAAUACAACCGUCGCACGACUCUACCACUCCGAAGCCAUCGUCCUGCUCGACGGUCGAGUAAUGGUCUCCGGCUCCGACCCCUCAGGUCAAUACCUCACCCCACCCGAUACCUUCCCGGAAGAAUACCGUGUAGAAGUCUUCUCACCCCCUUACCUCCUCUCCGGACUCCCGCGUCCUACCUUCACCAUCACCAACAAAGAUUGGUCGUACGGCCAAUCCGUCACCUUUACCUCCAGCACCGGCAAUAUACAAGUGAGUCUGCUGGGCAGUGUGAGUAGUACCCAUGGCAACUCCAUGGGUCAACGAACUAUGUUCCCGGCUGUCAGCUGUGCAAGCACGACUUGUACCGUUACCGCGCCCCCGAAUGAACAUGUUUGUCCGCCUGGCUGGUAUAUGAUGUUUGUGCUUGAUGGGCCGACGCCGAGUGUGGGACAAUUUGUGAGGAUUGGGGGGGAUCCUGCGAAUCUUGGGAAUUGGCCGAACUUACCCGGGUUUGCGUUGCCUGGGGAAGGGCCUGUUUAGGGAGUUAGGUGGGAUAUGAGAUUAGUGGAGGGGGUAAUUCUAGUAUAUAAUUUUUAGUGGUUCAUGAGGGAUGGGUGGGAUAAGGAUGGGAUGGGACGUAUUGAAUUUUAGGGAAAUGGUGGGAGGGAUGAGGGGUGGUACGCAGCUAUUAUUCCUUGAUUAUUUUAGAUAUUUCGUAGAGAUAUUUUUUAGUUUUUAAUAUUAUUGGAUGUCCUGAUAUCCUUCUGUAUCUCUAAGAAGACUUUACUUUGCGCAACUUGGCAAUUCCAUA